CAGCGUGCUCUCAUCCCCAUCACAGACGGAGCAUCCCUGUCCUGCCGAGCGCUUCACACAUGCUGACAAAGCUGCGCCAGAAGCUGGGAUAUGGAUGCUCUCAGAGGAAAGGGAUAAGCCUGGACCAAGAGAAGAAACAGAGUCGAGAGAAGAGAAAGGAUUCCAUGAUCUCUGCAGGUGAUGCCGAGUUCCCACGAGAUUACCACACCCUGGCUGCCAGGGGCGGCCGUGGGGCACGGCGGUUCCAGGACAACAGCAAUGGAGGGUUCACGUCUUCCUCACUGGACCGCCGGCACAACUCUGUGGCUGCUAAGAGCUUGGAGGCCCUGAACAGCAUGCACAAGGCGGACAUCGAACGGCAGCGAGACGCCCUGAUGGACCUCCAGAAGAACAAGUACACAAACAGUCCGGGCGGCUUGUCACAAAGCUCCGCUGCUGCUGGCCGACAGCAACAACCAAACUACUGGAGCUUCAAGAGCCGUACGCCCCGCGUAACCCGACUCAGCCCAACUCAGCCGGCUCUUGCAGACCAGGCCAGCAGGGUUUCUUUUGCCUCAGCUGAAAAUCUGGAGACCAUGUCCGAACCUGACAUCCCCAUCGGCUUUAACCGGAUGAACCGGCUUCGCCAGAGUCUUCCACUGGCCCGCUCGUCUAGCCAGGCCAAGCUGCGGGCACCAGGAAUCCUCUUUCUCCAGCUCGGGGAGGAAAUUCGCAGGGUGCACCUGACCCAUGAGCUGACCAGCCUGGACACCCUGAGGGCCCUCAUUGUUCACAUGUUCCCCCAGAGGCUCACCAUGGCUAUGCUCAGGUCCCCCAGCACAGCUCUGCUAAUCAAGGAUGAGACCCGUAAUGUCUUUUAUGAGUUGGAGGACCCGCGGGAUGUUCAGGACCGCUGUGUAAUUAAAAUUUACUGCAAAGAGCCCAUCUACGGCACUUACCCUGGACACCACAACCCCCACAUCGCUAACGGAGACUUGAGAAGGGAGAUGGUGCAUGCGCCCCAGGACUCUCCAUCAAACCGUCGCCUCGGUAACCCUGCCAUGUCCUCCCAGCAUUCGUCAUCCUCUGCUUCACCUCCUCAAGGCUCACCGUCCCGUGCCCGUCUGCUCUACAGCUCCGGAAGGCCUUCGUCCUACGCGGGGCCGCCCCACCACACCCACUCCCUACCUCACCCACACUCCCAAUCCCACCACUCCUCCCCCCUCCAGCAGCCCCAGCUCCACCAGCCCCACCACACCCAGCCGGCCUUCUGUACCUCCUCCAGUGCCAUCCUGGAGCGCAGGGAUGUGAAGCCUGAUGAUGAGGUGGGCGGUUCCAGGAGCAUGGUGCUGCUGCGAGGAGAUGGAGGUGGGAUCUACGCAGACCCGUACGCUUUGGGCCCAGACACGAGUCGGCUGAGCCUUGCGGGAGGUCCUCACUCUCCUCUGCCUGCCCGAGCCGACCCCUACGCUUCCUUAUACCGCCGCGGGGGAGGACCAGGUCCAGGAUCAGUUCGGUCGCUCACCUCUUACUCUGCUGCGGCGUUACAGGGAGAGCUAAUGGAAAGCGGAGUUCUCUACAGGCCCGGGGGGCAACUGUACAACGACGCCUACACUGCUUCCAUGCUGGCUAUGGGUUUGAGAGUUCCACCACCAUCUUCUCCUCAGAAGAUACCUGAUAUGAGGGAUUCAUAUGGGGGGACUAUGUCCACUCGCGGUUCUCCAGGGAGGCAGAGUUUAAGAAGGGACUCGGUUACCUCCUCUGUGUUUGGCGACAGCCCCAAAGUCCGGGGCCAGGGUCAAGGGUUGGGUCUGACAGCAGAGCAGCUCUGCCUGAUUGGUGGAGGCGAUGGAGGAGGCGGCACUGGAGGCUUUGGGUCACCGCUGAUGGGGAAUGAGACUGAGACCAGAGAGCGAAUGGAGGCAAUGGAGAAGCAGAUAGCGAGCUUGACGGGGCUGCUGCAGAGAGUACUGACCAGAGCGCCUGAGGCUGAAAGUCCAGAGAAGCUGGAGUCGGCCAGUGACUGUUCAGGAAAUGACCCUGGACAAACUAAAAAAAAGAAAGCUCUGACACCAUCUGCUCCCCUGGCUCUGAUGCCACCUCCAUGUUUGGGGGGCAACCAGCCCGUAGCCGUGUCCCGUGUGCAGAUGCAGCUCCACCUCCAAGGCCUGCAGCAGAACACCAAUGCCCUGCGCAAGCAGCUGUCGCAGCUGCGCAACAUGCAGCUGGAGAACCAGGACUCCGUUCUGUCUCUGCUGCGUCAGACUGAGUCUGAGCUGAGCCUCAUGAUGCUGGACGCCAUGCGACCCCAGGAGGACCCGCUCCAAAGACAGCGGCUCUUAGUUGAAGAGGAGCGGCUGAAGUAUUUGAACCAGGAGGAGCUUCUCAUCCAGCAGCUGCACGACCUGGAGAAAUCUGUUGAGGAGCUGCAGAGGAACUCAUUUGUCAACCAUGGCCUGGUGACGGAGCAAGAGGUGGAGCAGAAGAGCAAAGAGCUGAGGAUGUUGGGAGAGACUCUCACUGAACUCAAAAACCAGUUCCCCAGCCUGCAGAGUAAGAUGCGAGUGGUGCUAAGGGUGGAGGUGGAGGCUGUUAAGUUCCUAAAAGAGGAGCCUCAACGCCUGGAAGCUCUACUGAAACGCUGCAACACCAUGACUGAUGCUCUCAGCACACUUCGCAGACAAGUCUCAGAAGGUGUGUGGAAGACCCCUGAAGACCUUUCCAGUCAAUCCCAGAAGAGAUCAGACGACCUGAGUCGCAGCUCUGACCUGGACAUCCUGAACAGUCCUCCUCUCAGCCUCAGUGACCUGAGCACCACUGCCGGUCUGGCCAACUGGAUGCCCCUGUCCUCCUCUGCCAGUGAAGCUGACACCUCCGGUCCUGAGCAGGACGUCCACUCCUCCAUGACCUUCAGAAACCGAGUCCUGGAUGAUCUGCCCAGUCGGCGCCCUGCAGACAAAGCCAUGUCUGCAGAAGUCAGACUGGCGGCUGAACGGGACUGGGAGGAGAAACGUGCCAGUUUGACCCAGUUCAGCGCCCAGGACAUCAAUCGCCUGCUGGAAGAAACCCAGGCUGAGCUGAUGAAGGCUAUUCCAGACUUGGACUUUGCUGCCAAGCACAUAAACAAACCGGCAGUGCCCCCCAAACCUCAGAUUACCCUCCCAAUAAGCUGCACCACAGCUACUUCUUCAGCUGCCGGGAGCACUGGGACCACAGCCACCACUACGUCCAGUGGGGAGCAGCAGCCUGGCAAAGUGCAGCUUGCUGCUCAGAAGCUCAACAGCAUGGAGAGUGGCGGCCCACAUCGAGGGUCUGUGGACCUCAGUGUCACCAGAUACAAAACAGAAAAACCAUCCAAGUCUCCUCCACCGCCUCCCCCUCGCAGAAGCUUCCCGUCGGCUCAUGGCCUCACCACGAACCGCACUGGAGAGGUGAUCAUCACCAACAAGAACCAGAAGAUUGAAGAAGAUGGUGACAUGCCAAAAACUUUGGUAAAGCUAAGAAGGACCCCUUCAGAGACGCCCCGGCCAGCCUCCACUCCACCUGUGAUCGCCGCCUCAGCCAUUCAGGAUGAUGAUGAUGAAGAGAAGAUUCUCGCUGAGCUAGAGAAUAGCAGUAACUCGCCAGGACCAACGAAAGGUCCCACCGUCGCAGCCCGACUCAAACACCUUCAACAGGGCAGCCUGGAGAGACCAAAAACCCGCAAGCAGAAAGAGGAUUUCCCCAAACUCCAGGGCCAACAGCAGGUCUCUCAGGUCUCAUCUGGACUAAUUACGUGAGGACUGAGUACUCGGAUCAUUCCACUUUUGGACCUCUAAAUCCUAAUUCCCACCUCGAAGGUGACUGUUGGUAAAAAUGUCACAGUUUGGAGGCAAACAGGAGCUCCUGUUGUCUGCUGAGAAAUUAAUGUGACUAUGCCGAUUCAUGUGUAAAAUUUGGAAAGUGACUGCAGCAGUUCUGGACCUGCGACAUCAAGCAGUUUAACACAUCUAAUGUGUAAAUCCAUCAACCACCAUAACUAACAACCUAACACCAGAUAUAUGUCCCAGUUUUACACUUCAUUGAGGACUGGCGGAUUCUCUGUAUGAGUAAUAAAAUUAGUUUUUUAGUUUUAUUCAGUGAAUUCUGCAACAAACACACAAGUAAAAGCUGCAUGAGAUGUAAACAAAGGAUGCUACUUUAGUGUUUCUCUAAAUAUUACAGGUGGAUUUCAGUAAAGAAGAAUAUAAUUGAAAAGUACACGCAUUUCAAUCAUUCACGUCAAGAAAUCAAUAGAAAUAAACUUGAAUAAUAAAACUGAUACAUUUCGGUUAUUUCAGAUUACUGUUUUGAAUUAAAUUACUAAAAAAUUACUUUUUCUUGAUCUUCUAAUUUACUGAAAUUUACCUGCGUUUUGCCAAAUCUUGAUUUAUUAAGAUAUGAAAGUUUUAACUGGACUUGUCAAACAAAAGUAUUUAAAUUUAUCUAUUGCUUCAUCCGGCAAUGUUGAAUAAUAACCACAAUGGGUUGAACUUGCUUGAAAUUUAUUUUCUGGCAGCUACACAUAAGCAGAUGUUUAUUACUUACUUUGGUCAGGCGAAAUGCAUUUUAUUAUGGCCAAAUUAAAACUUCUCAGAUAUUUCUGAAAACAUACACUACUUCUACUUUACUGCUUAGGCCUGUUAGGUCACUUCAAUUCUACCCAUAAUUUAUUCAAUUCAAUUUAAUGCCAUUGAAUAGUAUUAGCAUUUUUGACUUUUUCUUCGCUUUUUUUCACACACAAAUGUUUCAGAAAGUGAAGCUAAAUUUAAUAUUACUGACGAUCUGAUUCUUUUUUUAAUUUAAUAAACUGUUUACUAACAAUUUUUCAUCGAUAAGAAGAAAAUGUUCAAGCCAACUUGGCCCAAUGUGCUCGGAUAUUUGCCACCUAAACCUGAUAGAUGAUCCAGUUACACUUGGUGGCAACAAUAAUAACCACCAGUGAGAAUCGUGGUGCACUUUUCUUUGCACGAUUGAUUUAAUUGCACUACGUUGGAGGGUUUUCAAGUUUUGACAACAUAUUUCAGUUUUUGAGAAAGCAUUUUUAUUGGUUAUAGAUUUUGCCUUAAAUGUAAGAUUUUUCUUACAUUUCUUCCUGUUUGUUUGAGACAUUGAGAAGUGGACUUGCUGGAGUCCUUUUGAUCAUUGACUUGCAUAACUGAAGAGCUUAGAGUCAGAAGUUUGUGGAUGGACAUUUUUUUUCUUUUUUGCAGAUCAGAAUUAAUGUUUUGAUUGAUUACUGAAGCUUGUCCAGUUCUGAUACCAUUAUCACACACAGACCAUUUGGGACUGUCUGCAUAAUAAUCACACUUUCCAUUUAGCCCCUUUUAUGUGUCGUCAGUCCACAGAAUCUUUACUCAGAAGUGUUGAGGAUCAUAAACAUGAAUUUUUGGAAAUAUGAGACAGACCAUUUGUGGUAUUUAUUGGUUAGGAUGGAUUUUCUCCUUUGAAAUCUCCCCUGGAUGACAUUUUUUUUUCUUGUUGUUCAGUCAUGAACACUGACCUUACUUGAGGCAAGUAAGAGCUUCAGAUGUUGUUCUGGGUUAUUUUGUGAUGUCCUCGAUGAGUCGAUGCAUACCGACCACUCUUGGGAAAGUUCUCCCCAUUGCUAUUCUUUCUCCACUUGUGGAUAAUGGCUCUCUGCAAUCUAAAAGAGUGGAAAUAUGCAGCUUUCUCCAAACUGAUAGAUGUCAAAUUUUGUUACUCAUCUUUUCAGGGCCGUUUUCUUUUUAAGAUCUUUAAGCCUCCGUGCUGUCAUUUGGGUUCUAAGCAUUUCUGUCCUGGUCUGGUAGUAACCAGGCCUGGGUGUGACUGGUGAAACUGAAUGAAAAAUGUGAGCAAUCCCAGUGAAUUUACAGUUCAGCAAAAUAAGGAAUUAUAAUUUCACACAAGUUGGUGUUGACAGCGUUUUUUUCUUUAAGCUUCUUUGUAAUUAGACUAUAUCUGUCUGAUUAAAAAAUAAAUAAAUUCUAGUAUUAAAGUGUUAAAAACAAAGUAAAAACAUAAAUAAGCAUCAGGUCAAAAAGCACUUCAAAGUACACGCCCUCCAGAAGAUGAACGAGUCCACUUCAUUUACGGAAACAAAUUUGAACGCCUUUACUAUAAAACUCCCGUUGCAAAAUUUGAAGGGGUCUUUAUGUUUGCUCAGUUAUAUUUCUGCAGCUCCACGGACACCUUCGUUUGAACACUUGAGACAUGUGCCUUCACUUUACAAUUUUAUUUACAAUUAGCAUUUCCCUGAAAUAAGAACAGGUGAAACAUCCCGCCUACCUGAUGCACAAAGGAGAAGACCAGAUCAGUCAAGCAAACAUUUAACAUUCCUAAAUGAAACUGUUUGUCUAAAAGUCCUCAGUUUAUAGCAGCUGUUCACUCCCACAUGUCAUCAGAGAGCGCAACUCAAAAGUUAUUCAAUUAAAAAGCCUUAGGUUUAAAAUUAAUGAACAUUCAUGCUUAUACAUGAUAUUAAGGGUGAAACUGGCAACACAGGCAUGUUAACAUGUUAGUCUUCAAUUUAAGUUUUCUUGUAAUUUGGACUGAAACAGAAACAUGACACAUUGAGCUAAAAGGCUUUUGGAUCAAAAUGAAACCAAACCAGUGUUUCUGAAAGGAUUGGUGCUUAUACACAAGGGAAACUACAGUAAGAGUUUAUAGUUGACUUGUUUAUGAAAUGUAGGAGCAGAUUAGCUGAUCCAGACUUAGAAAAGUUUAAAUCUGACAGGAAACACUUCAGAUGUCUGUAUAUUAGUAUAGAACCAUUUAGUUUUUGUUUUAGAGAGAACAUGUAAAAAAGGGAAGAAAAAAAGUCAUCUAUGUUUUAUAUAAUCAAGCUUUUUUUGUAUUUUUAUACUUGAAGAGGAUUCAUAAGCAUGUAACACAUUUAUUCUGUAAAUUCUUUAUUUUUCUGCGUUAAAGAUUUUAUUUUUUCUGCGAACCAUGAAACAAACCAUAAUCACACGUUGCCGUGGAGACCAGAAAACACCAAUAAUACGAACUGUAAGAUAGUGCCACCACAUUUAUUUAAAAAAAGCACAUGAAACAAUCCUGUCACCGAUGCUGAGACAUCCCGUUUGUAGCCGUUUUAUUCUAUUCUACCCAACAGUGUGUCCGAUUAUACAGAUUCAGCUGUUUAUCGAUGGUUUCUUGAUGAACGUGUGAUUGUUCAACCAUUUGUGGAUGUUCAGAUCAUGUAUAUAAACCCAAAUAAUAUAUUACAAAUUGAUUUUAUGUGAUUUUUUUAUAUAUAUAUAAAUAUAUAGAGGGGGAAAAAAUACUCCAAAAUGGCAUGCAUACUGUAAACAUUCCUGGAAAAUCUGCACGCCGGCUGAACUGACGUCUCAUUUUAAUUCUGUGUAUACCUGUGAGUGUACCAUAGAGUAAAGAAAACUGUACAGUGACAUAUAGAUUUUUGUAUUCUGUUAAAAGCCCUGCUGUCUGAAUAAAUAAGAAAAAGAAAUAAACUAUCACACUUGUGAAGAACGAUAUCUAAAAGAUAUUUAUCAACUAAAUGCUGUUCCUUCAGUUUGAAAGUGAUGCUUGCUGUGUGGGGUAAGUGUUGUUUGUGAACUGUGAAGAAGAAUGAUAAACUACAAAGUCAGUAUACUGUUAGUACAAACCAACUAAUCUGUGCAGAACAAAGCACAAAUCUGUGAAUGGAAAAGAAAAAACAAAACAAAAAAAAAAACGUUGCUGCUUCAUGUGAGAAAAUUCAACAAACAGGUUGCUGCUUUUUGUACGUUCCUGUUGUGUUUUUGUGUCAAUAAAGGUGACCCUCUGAUACACAA